AUGCAGGGAUUAGUGGAGUUGAUUGAGCGUACAGUUACUGGAAUUGCUAAAUUGUACCCAGAAAGUCCUCAAUUAUCCAGAAAGAAAUUUGAAAGCAAAAUACUGUCUGAUACUCAAUCUAAGAGAUUAUAUACCGAGAUUUUGGAAGGUAUUGAAAAGGGAAUUCCACGACUUUUAUUCAGAGCAUCUGAAAAUGGAUUUACAGGAUCUGAUUUCCAUUCCAAAUGUGAUGCUAAAGGAAGAACUGUAACCAUUAUCAAAUCAACAAAUGGUGCAAUAUUUGGAGGUUAUGCAGCAACAAGUUGGACCAGUAACUCUUCUUAUUGUUUUGAUAGUAAUUGUUUUCUGUUUAGUAUUAUUUCUGGAAGUGGUGAGGAAAGAUUUACAAAAAUGAAAAACGAUGGAAUUCACCAUUCAAACACUUAUUCUAUUUAUUGUAACCCUAACCAAGGUCCUUCAUUUGGAGGAGGACACGACAUUUGUAUCUCAAACAAUCCAAAAGCACAAGAAAAUUACAGCAAUCUUGGUCAUUCCUUUUCUCUUACAGGCCAAACUUAUGGAACAGCAACAAUUAAGAGCUAUCUUGCUGGUGCUUACAAUUUCAGUGUUGAGGAUUAUGAAGUGUUUGCUCUUCAAUAA